AUGAACAGGUACGGCUCAAAAUUGGAGGAGGUCAAAUCCCGAGCCGGCCCUUCGAAUCCGGAGCCGUUACGGUUUCAAAACAAGCUGAACAACACCGAGCCGACGGCGAUGAGCCAAACAUUUACAUUCGGGCAGAACCGGAAAAAGGAGAGGGAUGAAGCACACGAUUCGGGCAUUGCCAUCAAUUCGGUGGACGGAACCACCUUUGCAGACUGCAUCCGAGGCUACUUUCCGAGGGCGCGAAGCGGCGGCAGCAUCAAGACAAAGAUCGAGAAGGUGUCAAGAAGGUUCCACUCGGACUCGGCGGUGAUGCGAUGUGAGAAACUGCCCUCCGUCAUAAAUGGGCCUCAGGGCACCAGUGGGCAGCAGCUUCAUCUCGACGGGUCGAAACAUCAGCGAACGCUGCGCCCGUGGUCCAAGACAAGCAUCGAACUCCAGAAGUACAAGGACGCACUCCAGAAUCUA